CUGUCGUCACAUCCAAGGAGUCACUGCCUGUAACGUCGGCUUCAUAGAGACAAACUCCCGAGCUGUGCAGCCUGGACGCACAUUCACACCGUCAUGGAUCUAAAAGACUAUUACCUGUUGGGCACCCUGCUCGCCUGCAUAUGGCUCGAUCCUUCGAUAGCCCAAGAGCUGAUCUACCCCAUCAGAGAGGAGCUGCAGGAGAAUGUCCUCAUUGGGAACAUACCAAAGGACCUUAACAUAUCCCACACAAAUGCUGCCACGGGGACGAGUGCUAAUCUGGUCUACCGGCUCGUCUCCAAGGCGGGAGACAACCCUCUGGUCCGCGUGCUGAGCAGCACUGGGGAGAUUUUCACCACAUCAAACCGGAUCGACCGGGAGAAGUUGUGCCCCGGCCCCUCGUUCGAGGACAGCGAGUGCUCCUUUGAAAUUGAAGUGGUCAUCCUGCCUAAUGAUUAUUUCCGGCUGAUUAAGAUCAAAAUAGUCGUCAAAGACACGAACGAUAACGCCCCCAUGUUCCCGUCCCCUGUGAUCAACAUCUCUAUCCCCGAGAACACGCUCAUUAACAGCCGCUUCGCCAUCCCCUCCGCCACUGACCCAGACACGGGCCCCAACAGUGUCCACAAAUAUGAGCUGAUCAACGGGCAGAGUGCUUUCGGCUUAGACAUAGUGGAAACGCCUGAGGGGGAGAAGUGGCCCCAGCUCAUUGUGCAGCAGAAUCUGGACCGAGAGCAGAAGGAUACGUACGUGAUGAAGAUCAAGGUGGAGGACGGUGGCAGUCCGCAGAAAUCCAGCACUGCCAUUCUACAAGUGACAGUAACGGAUGUGAAUGAUAACCGACCGGUGUUUAAAGAGAACCAGAUAGACGUGCACAUACCGGAGAACUCUGCCAUCGGCACGUCUGUGGUGCAGCUUCUGGCCACGGAUGCAGACGUGGGGGCAAAUGCGGAGAUACGUUAUGUGUUUGGGACUCAGGUGUCUCCUGCCACGAAAAGACUCUUUGCACUGAAUACAACAUCUGGCCUAAUUACAGUGCAGAGACCCCUGGACAGAGAAGAGACAGCUAUUCACAAGCUCUCGGUUUUAGCCAGUGAUGGCAGCUCCAGUCCUGCCAGAGCUUCUGUCACCAUAAACGUGACUGAUGUUAAUGACAAUCCGCCCAAUAUAGACCUGAGGUACAUAAUCAGUCCCAUUAACGGCACUGUUUUCCUGUCCGAGAAGGAUCCCAUCAAUACUAAGAUAGCGCUCAUCACGGUGUCGGACAAAGACACCGACAUCAACGGCAAGGUAAUUUGUUUCAUCGAGAAGGACGUGCCCUUCCAUCUCAAAGCCGUGUACGACAACCAGUAUCUGCUGGAGACCUCCGCGCUGCUCGACUACGAGGGGACCAAGGAAUACAACUUUAAAAUUGUCGCGUCAGACUCUGGCAAGCCGAGCCUGAACCAGACUGCCUUGGUCAGAGUGAGGCUGGAGGACGAGAACGACAACCCGCCUAUUUUUACUCAGCCAGUCAUCGAGCUGGCUGUGAUGGAAAACAACAAACGUGACCUGUUCCUCACCACGCUCAGCGCCACGGACGAGGACAGCGGGAAGAACGCGGAGAUCGUUUAUCAGCUGGGACCGAACGCGUCCUUCUUCGACCUGGACCGCAAAACGGGGGUGCUGACCGCGUCCAGGGUUUUCGACCGGGAGGACCAGGACAGGUUUCUCUUCACCAUCACGGCCAGAGACAACGGGACCCCCCCUCUGCAAACGCAGGCCGCCGUGAUUGUAACUGUGCUGGACGAGAACGACAACAACCCCAAGUUCACGCAUAACCACUUUCAGUUUUUCGUGUCGGAGAAUCUACCUAAGUACAGCACUGUGGGGGUGAUAACUGUGACGGACUCAGACGCCGGGGAGAACGCUGCCGUUUCUCUCAACAUCCUGAAUGACAACGAGAACUUUAUACUGGAUCCUUACUCCGGGGUGAUCAAAUCCAACGUGUCAUUCGACAGGGAGCAGCAGAGCUCCUACACUUUCGAUGUCAGGGCUGUGGACAGCGGCAGGCCCCCUUGCUCCUCAGCCGCCAAGGUGACCAUCAAUGUCAUCGACGUGAACGACAACACCCCCAUCGUCAUCUACCCCCCCUCCAACACGUCCUUCAAGCUCGUUCCGCUCUCCUCCAUCCCGGGAUCUGUGGUCGCAGAAGUGUUCGCUGUGGACGGCGACACCGGGAUGAACGCGGAGCUCAAAUACACGAUCGUGAGUGGAAACAACAAGGGUCUGUUCAGAAUUGACCCCGUCACAGGGAAUAUUACUCUUGAGGAGAAGCCAGCCGUGACUGACAUAGGCUUACACAGAUUAGUCGUCAAUAUCAGUGACCUGGGAUAUCCUAAAUCUCUCCACACUCUGGUGCUGGUGUUUCUGUACGUCAACGACACUGUGGGCAACUCGACUCUCAUAUAUGACCUCAUCCGACGCACCAUGGAGACCCCCAUAGACCGAAACAUAGGGGAGAGCAGUGAAACUUAUCAAAGUGGUGACUAUUUGACCAUCAUGAUAGCCUUUGUCACCGGCGCCUUCGUGGUGAUCAUUGUCAUCUUUGUCACCGUGCUGCUGCGCUGCCGCCACGCGUCCAGGUUCAAAGCGGCACAGAGGAAGAAGCAGGGAGCCGAGUGGAUGUCGCCCAACACGGAGAACAAGCAGAACAAGAAGAAGAAGCGCAAGAAACGGAAAUCCCCCAAAAGUUCCCUGCUCAACUUUGUCACCAUCGAGGGGAACAAGCCCGACGACCCCGCCCACGAGCCAAUCAACGGAACCAUCAGCCUGCCGACCGAGCUGGAGGAGCAGGGGAUUGGACGCUUUGAUUGGAAUGCCACGCCCACCACCACCUUCAAACCCAGCAGCCCCGACCUGGCCCGGCACUACAAGUCCGCCUCGCCACAGUCGGCCUUCCACCUCAAGGCUGACACGCCGGUGUCGGUGAAGAAGCACCACGUGAUUCAGGAGCUCCCAUUGGAUAACACAUUUGUCGGGGGCUGUGACACCCUUUCCAAGAGGUCCUCCACGAGCUCCGACCACUUCAGUGCCUCAGAGUGCAGCUCCCAAGGAGGGUUCAAGACGAAGGGCCCCAUGCACACCAGACAGCAGUCGCAGCGGCGCGUCACGUUUCACCUGCCGGACGGCUCUCAGGAGAGCUGCAGUGACAGCGGUCUGGGGGACCACGAGCCUGUAGGCAGUGGCUCCCUCCUCACACAACCUCUCCCUCUGGUGCAGGCGCAGGACGACUUCUACGAGCAGGCCUCCCCCGACAAGAGGACCGAAGCCGACGGCAACUCCGACCCCAACUCCGACGGCCCCCUGGGACCUCGUGGCCUCGUGGAAGCUACAGAGAUGUGCACCCAGGAGUGUCUAGUCCUGGGACAUUCAGACAACUGCUGGAUGCCCCCGACGCUGGGAACGUACCAGCAGCCCAAAUCGCCCGUGUCCAACUUUGGGUCUCAGAGGGAGUGGGGUCCCAAGGACAAACUUCUCAAUGGACACACUCUGACCAGAGCCUGGAAAAACGAGAGCGGGCGGUCAGAUCACUUCGGUGACAGGAAGCAGUUUGGGAGCGGAGAGGGACACUUCAACAGCAGUGGUAUGGCUGAUAUUCCACUGGUGAGUCUGAAGUCCUGCCAGCCAGCCGCCUGCCCGGACAGCCCCAAGGACCAGCAGCUAUAAGACGGACUUUGCUUCUUUGCUGUGAGACGCCUCACCAUCUGGACACAGAGACGAGGCGACUCACCUGAGCACCUCUCCGGUUUUAUUCUUUCCUUUCUUUGCUUCAUCUCUUCCCACUUAAGUUGAUGCUUCUGCAGUGUGUUAGCCACAUGUACUGUGUAGGCCACAGAACUAUAGUGCUUAUGCUGUGUACUCUACAAUUCAACUUGACUAUGGCUCUCGAACCUCUUUUUUUUUUUUAUGAACUUCCAUGGAUUUUCUUCAAUGACUUGCAGAAACGUUUUUUCUGUCCACUUGACGUGUGGGGGGGACAAGCGGAGGGGAGGACACGUGACCAAUGGAGAAUGAGAAAACAAAUCACGAGAAAAAGAAAAAAAAAACUACCAUGGCUGACCAAUAUAUACAAAUAUUUGUGAUGUGGUUGUUAUUGAGUUGUUCAGGACUAUAUUAAUCGACACAAUCAAAGAAAAUGGAAUUACAUUUCAGAAAGUAUCGUUCCAAUGACACUGUUAGUGGACACUUGUUUAUUCUGUCAUUGUCUGUGUGUUUGUAAAUAGGACUUAUUAACCACUAUCAUGUAUCUGUAAUAACCACAGUGAAUAGGACAGUACUUGGCUGUUGUCGCCGUAAUGGCUCGUCAUCGGGAUUUGAGACUUCCACUGGGCAAAGAUUUAUAAUGUGGCAUUAUGUACAACGAGAAAACAUUUGCAUAAUUUUUUUUAAAACCUUCUGGUUGAUUUUGAAACAAAUUUCCAUCCCGUAUUAAACUGAGUGUUGCCCAUAUUUCAUAACUCUUUUCUUUAAGUACUGCAAAACCACAGGCAGACCUUUUUUUAAAUAUACGAUUUUGUAAGAAGGAUGUCAGUGCUCAAUAUGUGCAUUAUAAAAAUGAAAAACUCUGAAAGCUCUCCUCUAUAAACUGAUUUUGAAAGUGUUCAGUACAAUUAAAUAGCAAUAUAUUUGUAAAUGGCUAAAUGUUUUAUCUAAUGUUGAUCUUAUUAAUGUAUAGAUUUUAUUCAAAUUGUGAUUUAACUGAGUGCAAUCCCUCAAUUUAUGGACAUAUGUAUAUAUUAUUUCCACACAGGCUCUUAUUUUCCAUACAUAAGAAAACACUGGAUAAGAUAACACUUCAAUCAACGUGCCUUCAUGAGGUUCCUUCAAACACUGAAUUGCUCAUAUUUAAACCAGGAGGACAUGUCGGCUUCAGAGAAUUUCCAGUCGGAUAAUGAAAUGCCUUAUGCAUCGAAUGUUUGCCAAAUUUAAAAAGACGUAAACACACAGAUAUUAAAAAGUACAAACCCAAGUCAGUGGCACUGAGGCAAAGCAGAGCGGCAUGUGCAGAAAAUUGAUCAACCGUGAACAAAUCAUCAGCCAUUCCACUGUCUGAAAAGGUUUGUUUUUAUUCCACAGCAUGGAAGGCAAAUUACACAAUGGAAAAAGCAUGCUAAAAGAUAUAGCUUCUACAACUAACUUGAUCAUAGUUUGUGUCAUUUGAUUUUUUCUGUAGAGUUGAUUUGUGCAUUAAGGAGACAUUCAGUUUGUGGAGCACUUUUCAUAUUUAUGUCACAAUAUAAAGAAGUUAAGUGGGAUGGAGUGAUUUGCUUAUCGCAGUAUGUUUGUCAGUUGUGAGGGUGUUUGACAUCACAAAUACUGAAACAGUUAAUCCUUGUUACUCUACAGGUAUACAGCUACUGCAAUAAAUGUUUUAAUUAUG